CUUCCCACCAGAUAUUUCUCUCUUCUUCUUCGUCCCUUUAUUACCCUUCCCCACUCACACCUGUAACGAAAAAGGACUCUUUCUUUUCAACGCCUUUUCUUCUUCGUCUUCAAAGCUGAAACCCUCUUCAACUUUCUCACCUUUUCUUAGAUUCGCCGCCGCCCAGGAGAAUCUACGCCCCACUUUUCGGUAAUCACCGCCGUCAUCAUCCACAAAGGUUCCCGAAAAUGGUGAAACUGAGCAACAGUCUGCUAGGGAUUCUCAACGUCCUCACAUUCCUGAUCUCCAUCCCGAUCAUCGUCGCCGGCGUUUGGCUCUCCAAGCAGUCCAGCACGGAGUGCGAGCGGUUCCUCGAGAAGCCGGUGAUAGCCGUCGGAGUCAUCCUGUUGCUGUUCUCACUCGCAGGAAUCAUAGGCGCGUGCUGCAGAGUCUCGUGGCUUCUCUGGUUCUACCUCGCCGGAGUCUUCGUCCUCAUCCUGGUCCUCUUCAGCUUCACAAUCUUCGCGUUUGUGGUCACCAACAGAGGGGCGGGUGAAGCGAUUUCAGGGAAAGGGUAUAAGGAGUACAGGUUUGGGGACUACUCUCAUUGGUUGCAGAAGAGGGUUAAUAAAAACUGGGAUCGAAUCAGUAAUUGCCUUCAGGACAGUAAGGUUUGCCAGAAGUUGGCUGAUGAUAAGAUUGGCGAGGACAAUUUCUACAAAGAACGCCUUUCUUCCCUUCAGUCCGGCUGCUGCAAACCAUCAAGUGACUGCAACUUCACAUACGUGAGCCCAACAAACUGGAUCAAGACUUCUCAGCCCAUUCGCCAAAAUGCAGACUGUGAUCUUUGGAGCAACGAACCAAAAACCUUGUGCUACAGCUGCCAGUCAUGCAAAGCCGGGCUGAUCGACAACAUCAAGACUGACUGGAAGAAGGUGGCGAAGAUCAACAUUGCCUUCCUCGUCAUCCUCAUCAUUGUCUACUCGGUGGGUUGCUGCGCUUUCAGGAACAACAGGCGGAAGGAGUAUUCCUCUUUCAGGCCUUAAUUACCACCACCCUUGUGAUUGCAUUCUUAUUAUUAGUCCCCUGUUUUGAUUUGUUGUUGGGGAGUGUGUAGAUGCGGUUCUUUUAUUGUACAGUUGAACCAUUUUGCAGUUUGAUUUCCUUGGAUUUUUAGUUGGACUGAGAAUAAUUGCUGAUUAUUUGUGCUUUGCUUGUUUACAUUGGUGAAUAAAGUAGAUUCCUGUAAAUCAAACAAUCCAUUCUUCUUUCUUCAUUAUUUUCAUUGUUUGGUUUUGGUAUCUUAACAUAUUGAGUAUUGACCCAUUCUUCCAUCAUCGAUUAUCAACACAUUUAUGAGUC